GUCGUUGUACAGGUUUUCCGUCCCAUACUUGAUGCGAUGAAAUCGUUUGCAAAAGAUGAAAAUCCCAUUGACAUUGAGGACCUUCACAGAUGUCAAAGAAAAUGCUGUGAUGAGAUUAAAACAUGUCACGGUUGUUGCUUCAGUGAGGGAGAAAUGUCUGCACGCCCGUUAUGGUUUAAACCUAUAUCUGUGAAGGAUCUCUAUACGAUUCUGGAUUCAUAUGACUCUGAAGCCAUCAGAUUGGUCGUUGGUAACACUAGAAAAGGUGUUUACAAAAAUGAUGGUAAUUAUGAUGUUUUCAUUAAUAUUGCUGAUAUGCCCGAAUUGAAUGCCGUACAGGUAACUGAGACAUCUUUGCAGCUUGGCGCUGCGCUCUCUCUAAACAAGAUGAUCGCAGAGCUGAGGAAUAACUCUUCCAAAUCCAACUCAUUUGAAAUUCUUGCCACUCAUAUCAAGAAGAUUGCCAACGUUCCAGUUAGAAAUGCUGGGUGCUGGGCUGGAAAUCUAAUGAUGAUUCACAAGCAUCGUGAUUUUCCGUCAGAUAUGUUCAUAAUAAUGUGCGCUGUUGGAGCCACUGUUGUUAUUGGUAAAGUUGGUGGAUCAACCCAGUCCUAUGGUUUGGAAGACUUUCUAAACGUUGACAUGGCUAGCAAGGUGAUCCUUAGAAUCGAUAUCCCAUUCAGUGCCAGUGAUGAAUUUGUAAGAACCUUCAAAAUCAUGCCGCGACACCAGAAUGCGCAUGCGUACGUCAAUGCUGGAUUCAAGGUCACGAUGGACUCAACCUAUAUUAUAAAGGGAAUUCCAAGUUUAAUGUUUGGUGGUGUGAAGCUUUCUCCGUUUCGGGCAAGUGGUACACAGCAAUAUUUUUCAGGAAAGAAUAUUCUUGACUCAGAAACAUUAAAAGGUUGUAUGAAUGCAUUGGAUGAAGAAAUGAUACCAGAAUCAACACUACUCACUGCAAGUGCUGAAUAUCGCAAAAGUUUGGCCCUUUCUUUGUUCUAUAAGUUUUAUCUCAGUCUUCUUGGUAAUAAAGCAAGUUCCAGAGUGAUUUCUGCUGCUGUUCCAUAUGUAAGACCGAUAUCUUCAGGACAACAAAGUUUUGAUACAACUCCAAGUGAAUUUCCUUUGACACAGCCUAUGACGAAAACCACUGCAAAAUUACAGGCAUCAGGCGAGGCUCAAUACACAGAUGAUAUACCCAGGCAAGAGGAAGAAAUAUAUGGAGCAUUUGUUACAACAACACAGGGUAACUGUAAACUAUCGAAUGUUGACGUGUCAGAAGUUUUGAAAUUGCCUGGUGUAUUAAAAUAUAUUUCUGCGAAAGAUAUUCCUGGUGACAAUAAUUUUAUGCCUGAUAUCUUUGGCAAGGAAAAAUUAUUUUGCGAGUGCGAUGUAGAAUAUGCCGGCCAGGCGGUUGGAAUGAUUAUUGCAAUGAGCCAGAGCUUGGCUGAUGAAGCUGCUGAGAAGGUGAAGAUAACGUAUUCCGACUGCAAGAAACCAAUCAUAUCAAUCCAAGACGCGAUUGAAGCCUCGUCAUUUUUCUCAGAGCAAAUUGUAAAUCAAACUUUUGGCGAUGUUGAUGGAGCUAUGGCAUCAUCAACCCAUAUUGUCAGCGGGGAAAUUUCAGUUGGCACCCAGCAUCACUUUCACAUGGAAACACACACGUGUCUGUGUAUCCCAAGUGAGGAAGAGAUGAAGGUCUACGCUGCGACACAAUCUACUGAGACCACUCAGUUGUCAAUAGCUCAGGUGUUGAACAUACCAGUGAACAGUGUCAGUGUCUCGUGUAAGCGAUGCGGUGGAGGUUUUGGCGGGAAAGGGAGUCGUGCCGCAGCCAACUCAACAGCUUGUGCUCUGGCGGCUUACAUCAUGAAUAAGCCUGUGCGUUUAAGAAUGAACUUGAAAACGAACAUGGAAAUGAUCGGAAAGAGAUAUCCUUACUUGGCGAAGUACAAGAUUGGGGCUACGAAAGAAGGAUUAUUGAAAGGCAUUGAUCUCACAUGUUACGCAGCUUGUGGAAUUGCGACAACUGAAUGUUACCUUCCCUAUUUUCCUAUUUUAAUGGAUAAUGCGUAUUAUUGUGAAAAUUGGAAAUUUCAAGGCGUUCCCUGCAAGACAAACACAGCAACCAGUAGCUAUACACGUUCACCAGGUCGAUUAGCAGCGACGUUUAUUGCCGAAACAAUGAUGAAUCAUUUGGCCAAAACACUGAACACGAGCCAGGAUGCGAUACGAGAAAUCAAUUUUUACAAGAAAGGACAGACAACAUACUAUCAUCAACCUUUACUAUACUGCAACAUGACUGAAAUAUGGCAAGAAUUGAAGAAAUCAAGUGAAGUUGACAAACGUAGAACUGCUAUUGAAUCAUUCAACAAGGAAAAUCGUUGGCGUAAGCGAGGAAUAAGUUUAGUGCCAAUGAGAUGGGGCGUGGACUACAUUCGAGGGUUUCGAUACACCGCCUAUGUUGCAAUAUUUCGUAAAGAUGGAACAAUGGCCAUAUCACAUGGAGGGGUUGAAAUAGGACAAGGGAUAGACACAAAGGUUUGCCAAGUCGCUGCUUACACACUCGGCUUUGGUCUGACUGUUGAUAAGAUCUCAAUUAAACCAGCAACAAGUUUCCUUAAUCCAAAUGGUUCAACAACUGGAGCAAGUAUAACAAGUGAAUUAUGUUGUGAGGCGAUCAUACAAUGCUGCAAUAUGCUCAAGGAAAGAAUAUCACCCGUAGCAAAAGAUAUGCCACAAGCCACAUGGCCUGAGAUCAUUGACAAGUGUUAUGAAAAGGGUGUUGAUUUGUCUGCAAAAUACAUGAUAUUACCAAAGCCUCCUCAGCCGGCUUUUAAUUAUAACAUUUUCGCUGCGACUUGUACGGAGGCGGAGAUUGAUGUGCUCACUGGUGAGACAGAAAUACUCAGAACGGAUAUUUUGUUUGACUGUGGAAAAAGCAUGAAUCCUGAAAUUGACAUUGGACAAGUGGAAGGAGCAUUCAUCAUGGGUCUUGGUUAUUGGUUGACUGAGAAAGCAAUAUAUGAUCCUUUGUCUGGUCUGGAACUUACCAAUGGAACAUGGGAUUACCACCCCCCGUCUUCGAAAGACAUUCCAAUAGAUUUCCGGGUGAGCCUUCUUAAAAAUGCUCCAAACCCGCUUGGUGUUCUUGGCUCAAAAGCUGCUGGUGAACCACCUCACUGUAUGUCAUCUUCCUGUUUGUUUGCUGUCCAAGAUGCGAUAUAUCACGCUCGUGAGGAGACUGGGCAAGACAAAGGUUACUUUCCGCUUGAUGGUCCAGCUACAGUUGAGGCCACUCAGUUGAAGUGUUUAGUUGAUCCAACACAAUUUAUUAUUUGACGAAUGCGAAGGAAACUGAAUUGACUAAUUGAGAAACACAACCUUGCUCAUUUUUUGCUAGGCUCAUCAGCCUGUGAAAACGAAUCGAAUUUACGUCAUUUGAAGUAUGGUUUAGAACUAGGCAUAAAACAAACUUACACAAUAUUAGAAUUUUGUACAGGCUAGGUCGGUGAUACUAGUACUU